AUGGUAACGAGUAGAGAUGUUGAUAUGGAUGAGGGAUUUGGUGAUACCAAUGUUGAUGAUGGUUACGUUUAUGAGGUCGACUUGAUUAAGGAAGAGUAUGAGUACUAUAAGAGGAAAGAGAGGGAACGGAAGGACGAUGGUGAUCUUAGUGACAAUGAUUCCGCUAUCGAUAGCGCUCGAAUCUGGAAUCUUCCGGUACCUCUCGCACAGGAAAAUUCGCCAAGGAAAAACACUAAAAUAUGCACUGUUUCCCAGAGAGCAAUAAUCUUGAAAAACUUGCAUAAAGUCGAACUACUUAGAUAUCGAGCUUGUGCCGAACAGUACAUCUUGAACAAAGACCGGCUCUUGUUUCAUCUACUAGAGUUCAUCGAUCUACCCAAGGAAAAGCCUUCAGCUUAUGAAGAUCCUCCUCUUUACAGUGUUUGUAAUGAUGCAAUUGUAGUGGAUCCCAAUUAUCAGUUUGAAGAGAAUAAUCCUAUGUCGCAGUAUAGUGAAGAUCAG